GGAAGAGCCGGUGACAGGGCAGGGAGCGAGGGCACGGCCGGCACCAUGGGAGCGGGCACCAAGGGCCCGUGGGGCCACGGGGCUGCCAGGGCAGCGCCCGCCCCAGCGCGGUGACAGGGCAGGGCUGGCUGGCAGCACCUGCUCGCCGUGUCCCCGUGUCCCCGUGUCCCCGUGUCACCUCUUCCUCGUGGCGCAGGUCCGGCCUCCGCGGGAGCCUUGGCCCCACCAUGGGGUGUUCAUGACGGAGGAGGGCAGCAGCAGGAGCUGCAGGCUCCGUCCUGCCCCCGGCUCUGAGGAUGCACAGGCUGCUCCUGCUCAGCUGCCUCUGGCUCCUGGCAGCACCCCCGGUGUCCAGCAUCUUCCAGCGGCCAACGGGGACCCCAGCCCCCCUGCACCUGCAGUACCUGCUGGAGCCCCUGCACCCCACGGUGCACACGCAGCGCGGUGCCACGGCCACCCUGCCCUGCGUGCUGCGUGCCCUGCCUCGCAACUACCGCGUCAAGUGGAGCAAGGUGGAGCCGGCCAACUACGGGGAGAACGUCAUCAUCAUCACCAACGGGCUGUUCCACAAGAACUACGGGCCGCUGAGCCCGCGGGUGCGCCUGCGGCACAGCCACCGCUACGACGCCUCGCUCACCAUCACCGACGUGGCGCUGGAGGACGAGGGGCGCUACCGCUGCCAGCUGGUCAACGGGCUGGAGGAUGAGAGCAUCUCGCUCACGCUGCACCUCGAGGGCGUCGUCUUCCCUUACCAGCCCAGCAACGGGCGCUACAAAUUCAACUACCACGAAGCCAAGCGAGCCUGCGAGCAGCAGGACUCCCGCCUCGCCACCUACCAGCAGCUGUACAAAGCCUGGACGGAGGGGCUGGACUGGUGCAACGCGGGCUGGAUCCUGGACGGGACCGUGCACUACCCCAUCAUCAACUCGCGGGAGCCGUGCGGCGGCCGCCUGCUCCUGCCCGGCGUGCGCACCUACGGCGCCAGGGACAAGCAGAGGGACAGAUUCGAUGCCUUCUGCUUCACCUCUGCCCUUCAAGGCCAGGUCUACUUCAUCCGGGGCCACCUGAACUUCAAGGAGGCGGCCCAGGCGUGCCGCAGCCACGGGGCUGCCCUGGCCAAGGUGGGCCAGCUCUACUCGGCCUGGAAGUUCUCGCAGCUGGACCGCUGCGACGGGGGCUGGCUGGCGGACGGCAGCGUGCGCUACCCCAUCACCACGCCCCGGCAGCGCUGCGGCGGCCUGCCCGAGCCCGGCGUGCGCAGCUUCGGCUUCCCCAGCAAGGAGAUGAGGACCUACGGCACCUACUGCUUCGUGGGCAAGUGAGGGAGGGCACGGGGCUGCCAGAGGGGACAGCGGGGGGACGCCAGUCAUCAUCUGGGCAGAGAGCUGGAGGAGGGGUGGGUGGUCUCCCAGUGGGUUUGUGCAUCCUCUGGUAGAGCUGGGUGUGGGUUCUUGGUACAUCCCUUGAUGGAGAGGGUGCCCGUGUCCCACCCCAUGAGGUUUGUGGGGUGUUUGGGACUCCUUGUGGGGUGUUUGGGACUCAUGGUGUGUUUGGGACUCGGCAUGGGGUGUUUGGAACACACAGGGUGUUUGGGACUCCCCAUAGGGUGUUUAGGACACAUUGUGGGGUGUUUAGAACUCCCUGUGGGGGCUUUGUGGAAGUGAGGACAGGGGGCUGGGCAGAGGGGACAGCAGCAGGACAUCAGUCCUUAUCACCUGGGCAGAGAGCUGGAGGCAGGGCAGGAGGGGUGGGUGGUCUCCCAGUGGUUUUGUGCAUCCUCUGGUAGAGCUGGGUGUGGGUUCCCCUGGUGGAAAGGGUGCCCGUGUCCCACCCCGUGAGGCUUGUGGGGUGGUUGGGACUCCUCAUGGGGUGUUUGGAACACUUUGUGGGGUGCUUGGUACUCCUCAUGGGGUGUUUGGAGCACACAGGGUGUUUGGGACAUGUGGUGGGGUAUUUGGGAUUUCCCAUGGGGUGUUUAGGACACAUUGUGGGGUGUUUGGGACUCCCUGUGGGGGCUUUGUGGGGAAGUGAGGACAGGGGGCUAGGAGAGGGGACAGCGGGGGGACGCCGGUCCUCAUCACCUGGGCAGAGAGCUGGAGGAGGGGUGGGUGGUCUCCCAGUGGGUUUGGGUGGUUUGUGCAUCCUCUGGUAAAGCUGGGUGUGGGUUCCCCUGGUGGAAAGGGUGCCCGUGUCCCACCCUAUGAGGUUUGUGGGGAGUUUGGGACUCCCAGUGGGUGUUUGGGGCAUCUUGUGGGGUGUUUAGGACAUCUCAUGGGGUGUUUGCAACACUUUGUGGGGUGUUUGGGACACAUUGUGGUGUGUUUGGAACACUUUGUGGGGUGUUUGGGACACAUUGUGGUGUGUUUGGAACACUUUGUGGGGUGUUUGGGACAUUCUGUGGGGUGUUUGGGACACCUUGUGGGGUGUUUGGGACAUCUCAUGGGGUGUUUAGAACACGUGGGGUGGUUGGGACACCUUGUGGGGUGUUUGGGACAUUUUGGGGGAUGUUUGGGACACCUUGUGGGGUGUUUGGGAUGUACUGGAGGACCAGACCCGCUGCUGGACCAGGAUGGGGGGGUCCAAUGCAGCCCCCCCACAGCCAGCCCAGGCUGCCCAUUGCCCACCCUGGUGAAUCCCUGGCUCCAUCCUCGCUCCCACACCCAUGGGGGCUCUGCCCGGGGGUCCCUGCCUGGGGGGCUCUGCCGGGGGGCUCUGCCUGCUGCUGGGCACGGGCUGGGCACUAACGAGUGGCACUAAUUGCGUGUUGCCUUCUCAAUUAAUAAAGCAACAGCAAAACUCUCUGGCAAAGGCCCACGGGGGGCUUGCCUG